CGCAGCCCACCCAAGCCCAGACCACUUGCACGCAGCAGCAAUGUCUUCCUCCUCCACCCGGGCAUCUCUGCAGCCACUAACCCGCAGCCCGGCAGCUCCAGCUCCACCUCCCUUUCGGUCCGAGGCCAUCGCCUCCGCCUCGGCGCCGUCGACGUCGCUCCGCCAUGGCGUCGCUCCUGACCCGGCAGGCAGCGCAGGCGCUCCGCGCGAGGCAGACGGCGCAGCUCGGGCCGGCCGCGGCAGCGAUGCAGGGGCACCUCCGCACCUACAUGAAUGCAGAGACGCCAAAGAGGUUCAAAGAGGAUGAGGAGAAAGAGCAGCUUGCAAAAGAGAUUGCAAAAGAUUGGAAUGCUGUGUUUGAAAGGAGCAUCAAUACAUUGUUUUUGACUGAAAUGGUCCGCGGCUUGUCACUGACGCUCAAGUACUUCUUCGAGAGGAACGUUACAAUUAACUAUCCAUUCGAGAAGGGUCCUCUGAGUCCCCGCUUCCGAGGAGAACAUGCUCUCAGACGUUAUGAAUCUGGGGAAGAGCGUUGCAUUGCAUGUAAACUAUGCGAGGCUAUAUGCCCAGCUCAGGCAAUUACAAUUGAGGCUGAAGAACGUGAAGAUGGCAGUCGCCGAACCACAAGAUAUGACAUUGACAUGACCAAAUGCAUUUACUGUGGGUUCUGCCAAGAGGCCUGCCCAGUCGAUGCUAUUGUCGAAGGGCCUAACUUCGAGUUUGCUACUGAGACCCACGAGGAACUGCUGUACGACAAGGAGAAACUACUUGAGAACGGCGAUCGCUGGGAGACUGAGAUUGCUGAGAACUUGAGAUCUGAGAGUCUUUAUCGCUGAUUUUUUCUUUCCUUGUGAUAAGCUGGGUUCGUCAUUUCCCGUAUUUACUCAACUAGCUGAUAAAUAAGCAAACCAUGUAUCUUAACUUGAAUACCAGGUACAUGUUUUUUUACAUCGGCACCGACUGUCUGUUGUAUUAUGUGCCAGGGCAAAGGUGCACUGCAUGUUCUUUGUUACAAUCGAUUGAACUGUUUUCAACACAGGCGAUGUUUGCGAA